AGAGCAUCUGGGUCUCGUAGCCGCCCCUGGCCGCGUCAGGGCCUCUGCUGUCCCGGCCGCUUCUGCUGUCCUCGGUGCCACCGCUCCCUCCGCCGGGCCGCAGCUCCCGGCCCCGAUCCCGCGGAAACAUUGUGGGUAUUUGUAUCUGCUAUUGGUUAGUGCCUGAAACUUCUAGUUGUCGCUCAAGGGCUAUCACACCAACCGGUGAUCAUGAAUCAGGCAGAUAAAAAUCAAGAAAUCCCCUCUUACCUUAGCGAUGAACCCCCAGAAGGGUCAAUGAAAGAUCACCCACAGCAGCAGCCAGGCAUGUUGUCUCGUGUGACUGGAGGUAUCUUCAGUGUUACAAAGGGAGCUGUUGGUGCCACCAUUGGUGGUGUGGCUUGGAUUGGUGGAAAGAGUCUGGAAGUGACCAAAACAGCUGUUACAACUGUGCCUUCCAUGGGAAUAGGGCUGGUGAAAGGAGGUGUGUCUGCUGUGGCUGGAGGUGUGACAGCGGUUGGGUCUGCUGUUGUAAACAAAGUGCCCUUAUCAGGAAAGAAGAAAGACAAGUCUGAUUGAGAGAGGAGUACACUUGCUCUCCACAGCAUAUGAUGCCAGUGGCAUUGAACAGCUCAAUUACAGACUACAACCAAGUCAACCGCUAAACUGCUGUGUUGAAAGUAUUGGUGACUGGCUGCAUCUAAACCAGGAGGAGACCAAUGCUACCACAGUGUAUGAAGGCUUCUCAUCCUUAAGUUCAGCUUUUUAUCUGGUAAAAUGUUACACUUGCUCAGUUGUAACUGAAGAUAUGGUAUGUUUAAAUAUUUGCUCUAAGUCUUUCAGUUUGACUAAAAAAUGUGAAAGUUCAACUUAGUAGAUGAUUUUACAGUCCCAUGUGUACAGUGUGCCAGGUAACUCAUCUGACCCUUACAAAGGGACUCGAACUACAUAAACUGUACCUUUGAUGUGCCUAAUAGUUUCAGAUGUCUUAGUUUUUUAUAACUAUAGUGGUUUAGGCCAAGAGGCAUUCUUAUUUAAAAUGGCAGAAAAGUAGCAGGAAUUCAAAAGUUUAGAAGACAAAUGGUUUUAUGAUAGUGUUAAUUGUUUUUUUGGUUAGAUAAGCAUUCUAUUUGUUCAAUCAUUGAUGCCUUACAAAAGAAAACAUCUUUUCUAAUAACCUUAAAUAUGUGCAGUUCAUAUAAUUAUCAGUGAAUUCUUUAAAGGUUGUAAAACUAGUUUCCCUAACAAUCUCAGGAGUGUUGAGGUAGAGUCUCCUGGGGUCGGUGGUAGGCUUGUGCUUGUUGGCUGUGUGAGUAGCCAACAUGAAGCACAGCGGAGCUGUAGGAGGUGGGUUCACACUCCCAUCACUGCACUCCCAUCACUGAUACACCCCACAGUAUCUAUGAACAGCUCUUAGCUCAGCAAAGCAAGUUUUCAUAGCGAGAAGGCAUAAAUAUUAAUUUUUAAAUUCUUAUAAUUAUCUGAGGAAUCUAAGAUAAUCCUUCAUGCUUAUUCUUUCUUUAGGAUGUCUUAAAUUAUCCAUAGUAAUUCCUUUAAAAAUACAAUAAAAUCAACCAUUAAUAUAUGAGGAUUGACUCUUCAAAUGAACGAGACGGGCUCCAUACAUUGGCUUUGAAUUUAAAAAAAAAAAAAAAGUAGAUAAGUGCUUUCAGUAACAUAUACAGGUUUUUUUUUUUUUCCUUUUUUGAGAUGGGAUCUUAUAAAGCCCAGGCUGGUCUUGAACUGGAUAUGUAGUUGAGGAUAUCCUGGAGCUUCUAAUUCUGUUUUCACCUCCCAAGUUCUGAGAUUGCAGCCAUGAGACACCAUGCUUGGUUUAUGUGAUAUUGGGGGUGGAGCCCAGGGUGGCAUGCAGAGUAGGCAAGUACUGAACCAACUGAACUGCAUCUGCAGUGAAAUUUAUUCCUGGCUUAAAAACAUGCUCUCUUAGAGCCCUCUAACGCAGUACUGUAGACUGUCACGCAGUACUGUAGACUGUCACACAGUACUGUAGACUUACCCUUUCUCAAGCCAGGCUCAGGGAGGGAACUGACGGUUUCAAUGUGGAUGGUAAGCAUGUUGUGUCUCAAUGUGUUACCAUAGCUCAUUCAUUCUCACAGGAUGUUACUCAAAAGUUCAAUUCUUUUUGUCUUAAUGCUUCAUUUAUGGAAAUCUAUAAAUGACAAAUAUAUUUGGCAUUUAUCUUAUAAGCUAAGCCUGAAAAAAAAUCUUAAUUUUCUUUAUACCUAAAACUAGAAGUCUGUCUCAAUUCUGCCCCUUCUAACUCCCUGGAAAGAGGAAGGGAGCGGUGCCUUGACAUAAGUCAAAAUGUAGUGUACCUGAAAGCAGGAGAAGAUCCCCCAAAUAUGUAGGUUCAAAUGUUGGGAACUCUUUAAGAGGAUUCUAUUAGUAAUGUGGACCAACAGUUGGAUAAAAAUAUAAAUUUAAAAAGCAUUCAUAAAUAACAGCAGGACUGUCAAGCAAAUCUACAAAUGUUCUUGGAACUUUAUGUUUAUAGAAAACUUAAAAUCAUUGAAUUAAAUUUAGAAGGAAUUAAAUGGUCAUUUAUUUCAUGCAAUAUCAUUUAAGAGACAUUUGUUGGUAGAUCUGGUGAAAUGUCUUAACAAAUGGUAUUUUUUAAAUUCCAAAAUUAAUUCUCAGUGAUCUAAGUAAUGGUAUUGGAGAACUCGAGUCCUGCUAUUUAGAAGAAUUUCUUGAUUCAUUGCUGGUUUGUAUUUCUAACUUAGAGGCUCUGCUAUGCUUUGUACCUGAAUUAGUCUACGUGUAGGCUUAGUAUACUAUAUGCUUGCAUAUUUAUUUUCAACUUUGCUUGUCUUUAAGAUCACUUGAGGAAAAAUGGCUGUAAUUAUUUUCUGCUAUAGAAAAGACAAGUGGUAAAUUUUCUCAAUUGUCUUAAAUGCUGAAGUACAAUGUGGUUCAGAGGGGCUUUUACAACAAUGGCAGAGAACUGUACAGAUGUACAGGUAGCUGUAGUUCUAACUGAGAUGAACUUGCAAUUUGAUGAUGUGUACAGCUAUACACCUGAGUCUCUUCUACUUUAUUUGCGUAGACUAGCAAUCUGACCUGUUAAACAGGACUAGUUCACUUUGUUGUGUGCACCUGGAGGUUUCUGCUAUUCGGCUCCUUUUUUGAGUGGGUUUUGUCACAGUGAAGAUAAAUUUGUGUGACCCACUUGAAUGAUCAAAUAAUGUUGACAUGAAUACUGUAUUUAGUGAAAUGUCAGAUGAAAAUACCUGAUUGCAUAAUGCGGGGAUUUUUGUAUUAAAGGGAUGGGAAAGAACACCCGAAUCUGAUAAUAAAGGACUAUGAUCUGCAAA